AUGCCGGGCAUAGGUCAAGAUAACACCGUUAGCCGGUCUUUGUCCGAUACACCAAAUGAAGCCUCUGGGAGAGCCGCCAGAGCCCUUCCGAACAGCCCUUUGGGGUCUGUACAGGGAACCGCCUCGCUACCGAAUAUUGUAACCUUUGCACAUGCGGAUAGCUUCGGAAGCAGAACAAGCCAGCGUGCAUUUGGUCCAGAGUCCCCCCGAACAGCAGAUGCGGGCCGGCGAAGCCUUUCGUACGCUUUGCGACAAGAAGCAGAUGUUUACUACGACUCGCGAGCGGCAACACACGAUGAAUGGAAACGACGGGACCGAACGCUACAAGACUAUUAUGGGAAUAAUCCUCAGCUCUUGCCGCAGCUGCCUUUCACGUGGCAUCAUGGAUGGAAGCGCUGGAGACUCUUUGUUUUUGCGAUUCUGGUGUUUAUCGAUGGUUCUCUAAUACCCAUCGUGCUGUACUAUGCCAUGCGAUAUGCCGGCCAUGUCCAAGGCUGGAUCAUCUUCGCCGUGGUCACGAGUAUUUGGGGCGGUCCAACGUACAUCGAAUUUGGCAUCAGAACCUGGCGGCUCAUGAAGAAGGAGAGAUUCUAUCGUCCACUGGGCACGAAUAGCCGCUGGUGCUUCGAUACACUGAACUGGGCAUCGGUGCUUACCAUCACCGCCGUUACGGCGCUCUUCAUCGUGGGCAGUGCGCCGCAUAUAGUUUGGCUGAGAGUUCUCUGCAUGCCAGCACCAGCCAUUCUGUACAGCCUUGGCGGCGUCCUCGGUCUCAUCACGCUGUUCAACUAUAUGAACUGGCCUGCCCCGUUCCGCCUCAGUUCCACUGGGAAAGGCGAAAAGGUCCUGCCGGGAGUGUACUAUUUUAUUGAAGAUGUCGUUGCCGUCAAUGCCGGAGCCGGUAGACCAUACCGAGAAGCUUUUGCGGCCCGUUACAAUGCCAGCCCCCGCUUCCGGCAAAUGCUGUUCAAGCAAUCUGUAUUCUGGUCCGUGCCUGCGCUUCUGUUGGCCGGCGCCCUCACCGUUAUUGCCGUCGUACAUGAAGUUCCAGCCACUGUUGCGUACGGAGUAUGCUGGGCCGUGCCAUUCAUAUGGUGUGCGGUCUGGGGCUGGAUUACAGUCAUCUGGUGCAAGCGAGAUAUGGUCCGCGAGAGAGUGGAGUGGGAAGAGAAAUACCCUACUGAGAAACAUGAAACUGCAACAAACAAUAUCCCCUUAGCGACGGUUUAACUGUAUUUAUGAAGCUUGUUUAUUUUUUACACAUGAAGUUUGCUUUCCUUCAGCGACUUUGCAUCUCUUUGCCGCACCUAACCCAUACGUCGUUGGCGGUGAUUGCUGUGCUAAUAAUCAUGGCCAGUGCGAUCACUGCAGGAUGAGUUUCAAUCAAGCCAACAGCAGCGGCUGGAAGGAGAAUGUCCAUGGUGGUUGCUACGAGCUUCAGUAUCAGCGAAGGAACAGCCUCCUUGGGUUCUGUCGCUCCGCUCUGCGAUGCCACUUGAUCCCCAGAUCCAUCGCCAUUCUCCCUUAAUGGUCCAUCUCCC